GGUUGGAGGUGGGAGUGCCUCCCUGUCAUUUGACAAUGAAAUCUGGCAUCUGCUUAGGGGAGGCUCCUCGCCCUUGCCCCAGAGGGGAAAACUGGCGGAUGUUUUCAUCUACUCGAGUGUCCCUGGAAGGCAAAUGCUGCUAACCGUGGAAGCUCCGGGGAGGAGUGGGAGCCAGAGGUGGGGUGGGGGAUGAAGGAAAGGUCAGCUCUUCCCAGCUUAGCUAGGACUGGGGGCAGGGAAGUCUGGGAAACGCUGCGAAGCUGUCUAAGGAGAGAGAAUCCAGGAAGAACAUUCAGGUCAUUGGCCGGCAGGAGGGAAGCUGGCUGGGUCCGGACGCCUUCCCACGCCCACCUAGCAAGGAGAAGAGACCGAGGCUAUCCCGGGAUAAAGGGCGGCUGCGAAGCACUAAGGGUCUUCCAGGAACCCCUCAGGAGCCCAUGGCCGGAGCUGACCAGCUCCAGGACUCCAGGCAGCCCGUGCUCCCUGACGGGAAACUCUGUCCGGAACGCAUUCCCUUGGACCUAAUUGUGGAGGUCCAUGCGCAGGACUAGCCAGGGUUGGAUUCCUAGGGGGACGGCCGCACGCCCCGAGGGGGCGUAGGCCCUGGAAGAAGGGGCGGUCGCGGAGUGGGAGUAGGGGAGCGAGGAGAUUGUAAGCCCUGAGCUCCCGUGGGGUAGGGGGAACCAGUUGCCUGCUUCAUGCAUGGGGGUCGUGGGGGCUGGCACCGCUGUCGGGCCUUGCACCCCAGCAGCGGUCGGCAGGUUCGGGACCCCGCGAGCAGCAGGAGCAGCAGCAACUGGAGCAGCUUCAGCAGCAAAAAAGGAUUGAUUGUCAUUGGAAAAGGACUAACUGAAGGACCUGGGGAGCAACGUCUUACUGUGAAGAGCAAGGACCUUCUUCCUAAACAUUUCACCAAAAAUGUGCAGGAAGCCAUUCAUAAUUAUAAGUGUGAAUCUGUUUCACCUCUUUUGUCGAGUGGGGACACCACCCCCACAGACUUGAAUAAUUCUUGGUCCGGAAUACAGAGUGUUACUACUGAAAGAAGUGCAUCUACUGAACGAAGCUCAGUCUCCUCUUGGACAGAUGAUGAGUUUGAUAAAGCCACAACAAAAAAAGUUGAGCAGUUAUUCCAAGAGGUGGAUGAAAUGCUCUUUGAAGGGAAGAUCAGUCCUCAUUGCCAGAAUCUGCAGGCAGAAUGUGAAGAGUGGACUAAAAGGUCACUUCAUCUCAGGGUUCUAGGAAAACAACUCAUGCUUCCAACAGAUGAAGGUUUUCAACAUUUUCCAAGCAAUACCGCUAGCUCUGUCCGCACCAAGUCCUCAUUUUAUUUCUGUGAAAGCAAUAACAAUCUCAAAGAACUGUGUAUCUCAGGCUCCAAGCUUGUCCCAGAAGAUUUCACAAGGAUUUCUUCUGUUGUUUCUGAUGUAACUGCUUCAUUCCUAGAAGAAGAGAUCUACGAUAUGGAAGGAGAAAUUGAAGAGUAUUUUGCUUUUGACAAAAAAGAACUUGAUAAUGAAAGUCUGGAACCCAAGAAUGUUAUGGUCGGUCAACAAAGGAAUAAACAUGGUAUCCCUCCCAUUUCGCCUGAGGAUUGUAUCAAAGAUGCUGCAGCUGCUGAAGUGUUUGAUCAUGCUUGGAGAAAUGUGGUUAGGAUGUUGGAAGAUUUGGUUAGAAAAACAUGGGAAACUAGCCCUCAAGGAGGAAGUAAACAGAGAGAAAACUUGAAGACAAUUGGAAAUAAAUUGGCAAAACUCCCAAGUUCUCGUAUUCCUCCCAAUCCAUCAAGUGUUCCCCCUUCCAGAGGUUCUGAAACCCACAGUAUGUCGUUGGGGUCUCAUCUGGGUCCAUCUCAGAGCCAUCGCUUAUCCAAUAGUUUUUACAACGAUUUAAAUGGUGUGAUGACAAUUCAAGCAAAACCUCUUCAACAACGACAUACCCAUUUUGGAGACAGGACACUGCAUGAUCAAGAGGACAGACUGAUGGUUGUAGGGUCCAGUGUUCUCUCCUCAACCCGGCAUCGGUUGGGACAAAUCUCAGAUCAUAGUGUUCUGUCCUCUUCUCGGGCACUCUCUAUAGCUGCAAGGAAAACACCUGCUCACAGGAGGCUGCCAUCUCUCUCUUCAGAUCUGCAUCAGUCAAAAACCUCCAAUGUGCACAGUGAUAAAGUUCUCAGGGGCACUAAGCUGCAAAUUAGCUCAGACUGCUUGUCUUCUCCGUCUGUUCAAGUGCCUCGAAACAGGCUACCACCCAUAAGCUCAGAGUCUGGCGAACAGAAUGGAUCCCGCCAAGCCUUUCACAGAGGAAGAUAUCCUCAAAACCGAGUGUUAAGUGCUGUGCCUGGCAAUAUUGAAAGACCACCUCUUCGGGAAAGGACUGUUAUCUCCGAGCAAUUUUCAAGGCCUAAUACCACUCACACUUUCAGGUCUGACACUCCUCACAAAAGGUCAUUGACACCAAUGGAAUUUGUAAACCACACAUGGACAGGUCAAGAUUUCUUAACAGGUUCCCAACAUCUAUCUAAAUCAUAUCAAAGAAAUACCUCAACUUCAAGAAGGAGAUUUCCAGUGGUUUCCUGAUCCAACUUUGGCCGAUUAGUCACUGUACUAAGUGAAGUGAAAUCUGCCAAGUGUCAACUUAUUCUAUAUUACUUGAGAAAUAACAGCAAGUAUUAUGCUAUAUUUAUGUGUCCCUUUGUUUCCUGGUCCUAAAGACAGGACUCUUAAAGAAAACCAAUCAUAAUAAACAUGCUCAUUUUUAAUUGGAA